AGACAUCAGUGUAGCACAGUUUGGCUUGUAUAUUCGACAACAAUACGAAUUCAUUUCACGUCGUAUGCCAAUGUAUUACUUCAACUCACGACGUGUACGAGAACCAAUAUUUCCAUCGUAAUACGCCAACAGAUUUUUUUUUUAAUCUUCUGCUUAUAUUAAAAAUAGUAAAAUAACUAGUGAAAACAAAACAAAAAAAAAAAAAGCAACUAAUAAUUCUACGCAAAACUUGAAAAAUAAUUAAGUAAGAAUAAUGACAAUCGAUUUGUAUUAUUUGCCGCCAAGUCCACCCUCACGUGCGGUUAUAUUGUUAGCCAAAGCACUUGGUAUUCAUUUAAAUUUAAAAGUUAUUGAUGUUUCUAAAGGCGAGCAACUUAGCCCAGAAUUUAUUAAGAUAAAUCCACAGCAUACUCUUCCCACAAUUGAUGACAAUGGAUUUAUAUUAACUGAAAGCCGUGCAAUUAUGGGUUACCUCGUGGACAAAUACGCUAAGAAUGAUUCCCUGUAUCCAAAAGAUCCCAAACAGAAAGCACUUGUCGACGAGAAAUUAUACUUCGACUUAACAAGGCUCUACUACAAUAUUUUUAACGCUUAUAUUUUUGUCACUUUUGGAAUGUCAAAUGUCGUAGACGAAGACAAAGUAAAGCAAAUAGAGCGUGCUUUUGAAAUGUUAAACAUUUAUUUAGGAACGAGUGAGUUUGUUGCCGGUGAAAAUUUAACAAUCGCUGAUUUCUCGAUUGUCAUAAGCGUUGGCCUUGCCGAGAUAUUUGGAUUUGACAUAACAGCUUACGAUAAUGUAGUCUCCUGGUACGAACGUUGCAAAGAAGCUCUUGAAAAAUACGGAUACGAACAAGUUAAUGCUCCGGCUCAAUUACUAGGCGAGUGGUUUCGAGCCAAUUUGGAAGCUGUUUAACUUCCUUUUAAUUUCCCACUCUGUACCCAAUUUCACUCACUACUACCAACACUACCAAUACUCCCAUACAACUAUUAUCUAGAUCAAUAUUCCCAAUUAAUGUUAUAUCUGUUCACCAAUCACUUGUAAGCGCAACUGAUACCUACAUAAUAACUAAUUAAAUUUAACUACUUCUAGUAUGUACUAACUAAUAAAUUUAUCCUACCAUCUGAAAUAAAAAAAUAUUAUUAAUUCAACAAAAAUCUCUCUCUCUCUCUCUCUCUCUCUCUCUCUCUCUCUCUCUCUAAUUCUCUUUAUUAUUUAAUAUCAAAGAGAAUUUAAUUCAAAGAUUUCUUUGUAAUGUUUAUCCUACCGUUAACGAGGUCAUUAAAAAUAGAAUUGAGAAAUUUAAUGGUUGAUGCACAUUCAAUACUUUUAAAUUUAAUUCAACUGGAUAUUCAAUUAUAUUUUUAAUAUUUUACGUUCUGAAAACACAGGUCAAGUAAAAAUAGCCGUCGCCAUUUUUAAUUAAUGGGUGUCUCAUAUUUGUCGGAAUUUUGAAAAUUAUGAUUAAUUAUUUUUUUUUUUUUUUUUGUAAUUUUUUAAUUCUUCCACAGGGAAAAAAAAUUUAUUCUUUAAAAGAUAGCAGUCAGGUUUGUGAAAAAAAAAAAAAAUACAAUAAUAAUUUUAACGCAUUGCAUUAGACAGGACCUUUCAAAUUUUACUCUCCAGUUGAGCAGAAGCAUUUUGUAGAAGGGUAUUUAUUGUCGGAAAUGCUUGUAUCAAGUUCACCCACUGUCAGAAACAGAAGUAUAUGCCGCAGUAUCAGUUAUAAAUUUUACCUAGGAGUUAUACUAUUUUUUUUUUAUAGAAAACUUGCUGAAUAAAAUUUAUAAAACUUUAAGAUAAUUUAAAAUAUAAAUUUAUCGCGAUGUAAUUAUUUAAAAAUUAUUUUUUAAUUAUCCUAAAGAGCUUGAAACGCUUGACAAUUAUUAUGUUUUUUAGUGCACUACGGGUUUUUUUUUUAUUUCAGAUGCGAAUCCAUUAGGUAGACGUCCCAAGGACGCAAACAGUCAUAUUCCUUUCCUUCACCUCCUGUCUCCCUGCGUCUACUCAACGUCGUUCAUGAUGGUAUAAUACUAAGCGGUUUCACAAUCCCAAGCCAUUCGGAAGAUUGCUCAACAAUGACAUGGCAUAAAAACGACAGUGUACUAAAAAAAAAAAAAAUUAUAAAGAAAAGAGGGAAAAUAAAAAGUAUAAUGCAACAAAAAUUAUAAACGAAAUGGAAUCAAGAAAGAAAGACAUUUCUCUUCUAUCCCGGACGUGUAAAGACAGUGAAAUGGAAAAAUGGUAAAAACAAUUGCAAAUAAAACCUUAAGUACCUUCGUAUACAUUUUACUAUUAUUUCUUUGAUAAUUCAUUUAUUACGAUUGCUUAAUUUAUUCCACAAUCAUUUUUUUUUUUCUUACCAAUCUUCAUAUUAAAAUAUUCUGUAUAAUAAAAAAGACAUGGAAUGGGUGUAAAGCCAAACUAUUUGUAGCGUAAUUAGCAGAUUAUCAGAUUGAAAUAUAACCACUUAACGCAACAAUUUACACUAUAAUAAA